AUGAUUGCCGUUUUCUUUGUGAUGCUUGCAAUCAGCCUAGCUGGGGCAGAGACAAACACCGAAACUUGUAAGGACAUGUUACAGGGUUAUCUGACAGGACAGCUGUCGUCUGGUCUAGGAACGUAUCAGGUGGAGGUUCUGAGGCGGGAAUUCAAAAGUUUUACCGAACAUGUCGAAGAAUCAAUGAGGGUGUUUAAAGAAACAGUAAAGUCUGAUAAACAAAAGAUGCGAGAUGCACAAAACAGCAGCGUUGUUUACACAAGAUGGGGAAAGAAGACAUGCCCUCCAGAUGCUGAAACAAUUCUAUCAGGUUUUACUGGCGGUUCGUGGUUUGACCACAAGGGAGCAGCAGUCGAUCCUCUCUGUUUACCAAGAGACCCAGAAUGGGGAUUAUACACUGAUGGGACGGAUGGCGAUAAAGCUUAUGUCUAUGGUGCGGAAUAUGAAACAGCCACAUCUCCAGGCAACCUGCGUUCAUUUCAUCAACAUGACGUCCCAUGUGCGGUUUGUCUUCAGAGAAACAGAUCUGUUGUCAAGAUGUUUCCAGCUAGAAAAUCAUGUUACAAGGGCUGGAAGUUAGAGUACCGUGGUAAUCUUAUGACAGGAUAUCAUGACCACUCAGCCGGUACCAUGUAUAACUGUGUUGACGAGCAUCCAGACACCUUACAUGGAGGUCUUGCCAAUAAAAAUGGCAAACUGUUUUAUUCUGUAGAGGCUCGCUGUGGUUCCUUGAAGUGUCCACCUUAUGUCGAAGGAAGAGAAAUUGUUUGUGUUGUCUGUUCCAAAGAAUAA